AUGCAAACAGAGCAAACAUCCACAUCGCCAGUCACUUUUUUUCUCCUGUGCAUAUCGCAAACUGAAAACUUGAUUAAAUGCACCACUGGAACCAGGCGAAUAUCAAAGCUCAUUAUGGCUCCUGUCCGUCCCGGUUCCAAAGCCAAAACGGCCGUCAAGACCAAAUCUCAUCCAGCCAUCGCAAAGGCUAAACCCACAAGCAGCUUCAACGAGAGCGCAACCUCCGAAUUCCCGAGUUCUAAAAAGGAUAAACGACUGAUAAAACACUCGUCGUUCGUCUCGAAGAUCGAAAAGUCCCGCAAGAAGACACUUAAGCGACGGCGGCCUUCGAAGAAACUGAUCGCCAACCUAGACUCGCUUGCCAGUGCGCUUCCUGACGCCGGGGAUGGCGACGAAGCCGUCUCGACACAUAUCAUCGAUGGAAACACUCAGGUCAAUGUGAUUAGGCACAAGAGCUUGAAGCACCGGCCUGGUGCCAUGAAGAGGAAAGAGAAGCUUGAUCGGAUGGAGAGAGACCGGUUUGCAAAAAACAUGGGACAAUUGGCUGCAGGGAUCACGACUACUGAUACCGAUGCGGCUAUGGAUGUCCAGCCCAGUGUAGAGCGUGGUGGUGAUGCUUCUUCUACUACUGCUGGAGGAGGCUCAAACUCUACAUCUGCUCGCUGGGCUGCUCUACGGAGCUUUAUCUCUCAGACCAUGGACCAGAACCCGGAAUUCAAGGACGUCAAAUCGUGA